UUUAUGUAAUUUUUUUUUUCAUCUUCUAUGAGAGUUGUUUACCCCCAUUUUUUAGACAAGGAAGUUGAGGCCUACAGAAUUUGCACAUAUAGCAAGUGGCGGAGCUUGAAUUCACACCUUAGUCUAACUUUCAAGACAGUGCAUUUUACUACUCCAAACAGCCUCUAUGUCAUAAAAGCAUGGCUGUUUACCAGGCUCUCUUCCACCAGAUUGCACACUUCUUGUUAAAUGCUAUUUUGGACACUUCUGGCACAUACCUGGCACAGUAGAUGCUCAGGAAAUGUCCGUGAAAGGCUGAUAGGCAGGUGCGUGGGGCAGAAAAUAGACCCUUGCUUGCUGAAUUCCGGCCUGGCAGUCUGGAUACUUUUGGAACUUUGACAAAGGUCUUGCCUUCUCUGAGUCAAGACUGGGGAAAGGUGCAGAAUUAAUACCAUAACCCUCUGAGGCUUCUUCCCGCCCCAGCCCUUGCCUCAGCGCUGGCAGCUUUGCCAUUGUUACCUUCAAAACGUGCCAACCCUCUGGCCCCAAGAACAUGCUCUGGAGAGCAGGUUCAUUGGCGCAGCGGUUGGGUAGCUCACUCCUGCCACCUGGUGGUACUUCGAAGCUUUGCUCCCUCUUCUUUCAGGGUCCCGGAUCUAAGAAGGUGUUACCUGAAAAAGUCUAGAAGCUAUUUGCACACUGCCCUUCCCUCCAAGAACUUUUCUCUGGAAUCCCUUCCCAUUUGCAGAACAUACUGAGCUGAGCUGGAUGGCGUUAAGACCUUUAAAGAUUCUGAGCUCUGAGAAGAUUGUGUGUACAAAAAUAUUUUCUUUUCUUUUUUUUAAGUCCCCCUGCUUUGCUUCCCUGUGUACUAAGCAUCACUGGAUAUGGACACCACGGACCCGGCUUUGGAGAAGAGAAGCUUCCUAAUUUAAGCCUAUGGACCACUUGAGAGCAAAGGUUGUUGUGUUUUAUAAACAUUUGUCUUUCUGGGGACCCCACAGUGCCUGGGAGAGGGAAUUAAUGCAUGGCAAAUGAGAAAGGGAAACAGGCCCUCCCUCCCGGGAAAGCAGACCACUCAUGAGAAGAACUAUCCGUCAAAGGACAGAGAUUUGCUAUGUGGCCGAGAAGGGCUGAGGAAAGGUAACCAGCAAGGAGUGAUGGAGGCUGGGGCCUAUCUUUUGGGAAGACGUAAUUCAGAGAGGCUAGGAUCAGGAUCAGAGAGACGUAAUUCAGAGAGGCUAGGAUCAGAGGCUGGAGCAGUUGACCCAAUGUUCUUCUACCCCCACCCUCAUUCCUGCCUGCCUUAGAUGUUCUCAGAGCCAGAAGAUCUAGUUUCUGCCCCACAAAGUGAGGUCGGCCCAGGUGUCACUUCCCAAGAAUGAAACUGAGGCAUUGGAAGAAAGACUGGGGAGCCCCAAGCCUGUGCCAAACCCUCCCCUGCUUCUCUGGCCCUGCCUCAGGGCCUUGCUCUGGAACCUACCUCGGUGACCCUAAAAGCUUGGGCAGCAGAAGCCUCCCCUCCCCGCCCCCCCACCCCUGCCCAGAGCACACCCCCCUCCUGGCUUUCACAACACACGUACACACUGUGCUCCUGAUCUAGGGGCGGAUGACUGGGGAAGCAAGCAUCUCUGUGGUCAGCUCGGGUGUGUGUGUGUGGUGUGUGUGCCUCCAGCCAUGUCACUGUGAUCAUCUGUGUGCGAGUUUGUCUCUGUUCAUUCAUGACAGCGGCUGUGCCCGUGUGGGUAGCACUGUGUGUGUGGACGUGUGCCUGUAUCCUCCUGUGUCUGUCCAUGAGUGUGUAUGUCAUGUCAGUGUGUUCCAGUCUCUCUGUGUGAGUGUCGUCCCCAAUCCCCCAUCCCCCCCCCCGGAUCUCUAAUUAGUGGUUUGGGGUUUGUUCCUUUUCCCUCCUGUUCCUUCCCUCAGCAGCAGCGGCGGCGGCAGCAGGAGCAGCAGGAGCAGCAGGAGCAGCAGCAGCAGCCGCCGCCGCCACCGCUGCCGCCGCCGCCGCCGGCCGCCGACCCAGCAGCCAGGACUCUGGAGUCAGAGUAGGAUUGGAGGAUCAGAGCCUGAGAGGCAGCAGGAGUGGAGCUGGCCUAGGAGAGGAGCGGAGCCCUCCCAGGACCCUCGGGCGACCCCUGGCCAGCACUCCCAGGGCCAGACCUCCAGAGAGGCGAGACCCAGGACACCCAGCCCCAGGCCCCCAGCUCUCUCCAUCUGCCAGGCUCCUUGGGACCCGUUCCCCAGCCUCAGGAUGGCGUCCUCCCUGCUUGAGGAGGAAGCUCACUAUGGCUCCAGUCCCCUGGCCAUGCUGACGGCGGCGUGCAGCAAAUUUGGUGGCUCCAGCCCUCUGCGGGACUCAACGACUCUGGGCAAAGCAGGCACAAAGAAGCCAUACUCUGUGGGCAGUGACCUUUCGGCCCCCAAAACCAUGGGGGAUGCCUACCCAGCCCCCUUUUCAAGCACCAAUGGGCUCCUGUCACCUGCAGGCAGUCCUCCAGCACCCACCUCGGGCUAUGCCAAUGACUACCCUCCCUUUUCCCACUCAUUCCCUGGGCCCACGGGCAGCCAGGACCCUGGGCUACUAGUGCCCAAGGGGCACAGCUCUUCUGACUGCCUGCCCAGUGUCUACACCUCCCUGGACAUGGCACACCCCUAUGGCUCCUGGUACAAGGCAGGCAUCCACGCAGGCAUCUCACCAGGCCCAGGCAAUGCACCCACGCCUUGGUGGGACAUGCACCCUGGGGGCAACUGGCUAGGUGGAGGGCAAGGCCAGGGUGAUGGGCUUCAAGGGACACUGCCCACAGGCCCUGCUCAGCCUCCACUGAAUCCCCAGCUGCCCACCUACCCUUCCGACUUCGCCCCCCUCAAUCCAGCCCCCUACCCAGCUCCCCACCUCCUGCAGCCGGGACCCCAGCAUGUCUUGCCCCAAGAUGUCUAUAAACCCAAGGCGGUGGGCAACAGCGGGCAGCUGGAGGGUAGUGGUGGAGCCAAACCCCCUCGCGGUGCAGGCACAGGGGGCAGUGCUGGCUACGGCGGCAGUGGAGCCGGGCGCUCCUCCUGCGACUGCCCCAACUGCCAGGAGCUAGAGCGCCUGGGGGCGGCAGCGGCCGGGCUGCGGAAGAAGCCGAUCCACAGCUGCCACAUCCCCGGCUGCGGCAAGGUGUACGGCAAGGCCUCGCAUCUGAAGGCCCACUUGCGCUGGCACACGGGCGAGAGGCCCUUCGUCUGCAACUGGCUCUUCUGCGGCAAAAGGUUCACGCGUUCGGACGAGCUGGAGCGCCACGUGCGCACUCAUACCCGGGAGAAGAAGUUCACCUGCCUGCUCUGCUCCAAGCGCUUUACCCGAAGCGACCACCUGAGCAAACACCAACGCACCCACGGCGAGCCGGGCCCAGGCCCCCCUCCCAGCGGCCCCAAGGAGCUGGGCGAGGGCCGCAGCGCCGCCGGGGAAGAGGAGGCCAGCCAGACGCCCCGACCUGCGGCCUCGCCGGCACCCCCAGAGAAAGCCCCUGAAGGCAGCCCAGAUCAGAGUAACCUGCUGGAGAUCUGAGCCCGGUGGAGGUCUCCAGCCCCCCGGGCUGCCUUGCCAGCCCCUCCUGGCUCUGUGGACCACUGCUUGCCCCUCAUCUCCUCUGCCCCACGCAUGCUGCCCCUCAGGACUCUCUCUGCCUCUUCUCUGGCCCUUUUGGGCCUGGGGGUCUCCCUGUACGCUGCCCCAGCUCACUUCCUCCCCUUGCCCCGAGCCCAUUCCGCAGUUCCGCAAACUGCUCUCAGGCCCUCACCUCGUGCCUUCCCAAGCUCUUUCCCCAUCGCCACUCUUUCUCUCUCCUCUGCUCUGACCACACCAAGUCACCUUCCCUCCAUUUGGGCUCCCAACGGUUUCUUUCUCCAUCUCACGAACUCCUUAACCCGCAUCCUUUCUGUUUCCCAGGCUUAUUUACCACUAUCCCUUAGCUUCCAGGCUCCACUCUUCCCAACUUCGAAGUCCACUGCCUUCCAUGCUCCAGAGCGUUCUUCCUUUUUUCAAACACAAUGAUGAUGAUGAUGAUAAUUUAUUGCCCCCUGGUGGCCUCUUCAUUAGGGACCAGAGUUGGGGGAUUGGGGUAAGUGACCUGGCAGGGAGCAGGGUGCCAAGAGGGGGGCAGACCAGUGGGGAUCUGAUCCCAAAGAUGGGGUGACCCCAGGGUCAGGGAGGCUGCCCCCAGGCCUGUAUAUUUAACCCCUAUAUUCCAAGAGAAAUGAAUAGUAAUAAUAAUAAUUCUAUUUAUCAUAAGUUAUGAUGACAGGUCAGGUAGAGUGAGCUGGGGAGGGAAGGGGGUCCAUUUCUGCUAUGGAAAUUUUAACCAAAUGCAUCUCUGUCUAGAAAAAGUGAUAGUGGAGAUCCUGUUAAUAGCAUUUCUAUCUUCAGGGUCUCAGUUAAUGGUGUUUCUCUUAAUGGAAUCUCUGCUAAUAGGUUUGAUUAGCUAGAUCUCUGUUAAAGAGUUGAUGGGGUAUCUCCCACUUAAGGGAUCCCUAAAUAUUUCUAGCCCCGCCCAGAAGCUGUGAAACCUCAAGUCCUAUGGAGGGGAGGACUGGAAUGUACCCCAGCUCCCUUGACCCCAGAGCAGGUUCUUCCACUGCCCCUCCCCUGACACCGUGACCCCAUCAGGCUAAUCCCUCGUUGCCAUGGUAACGGAGAGCUUGCAGCUGCCAUUUUAGAAAUGCUCUUUGGGGAAGCCCACCUAACCGGAGGAGGACAUUGGCUUGGAGGUGCCUCUCCUGAAGAAUAGGUGGGGAAGGCUGUCUCUGGGAUCAGGUCAAGUAAAUCAAGUAUUUAUUGAGCGCCUACUCUGUGCAAGGCACUGUGUUAGGCUGGUGCCUAGAAGCCAUGAGAAAGAAGAAUUUAGUCAGCUAGAGGUCCCCAAGCUGACUUGGGGGUGCGUCCACAGGCCCCCAACCUGGGACUUCUGAUGCUUCCAACUCCACCUCCAGUGACUUUUAAAGCCGCUUCGUGCCUUUGAAUGCCUUUCCUGUGACUUUGGAUCCUCCUUUUCUAUCUCUUCCUCCCUCAAGGCCCCAAGUUAAAGGGUUAAAGCCGCUGGAGCUUGGGGAGAGGGUAAAGUGGUGGAAGGGAAGGGAUCAUGCCCUCAUGGAGUCUUUUUUUGUUUUAUUUAAUAAAUAAAAGUUCGAUUUUAAAUUUUAACCUGGUGAGAAAAGAGGAAGAGGAGGGGAGAAGGGUCAGCCACAGGAUUUCUCCUUGGCAAACUGGGGAGUCCCCGCGGGCAUUGCGUCGCGCCGGUUUGCAUCUUAUGCCGCGGGUAGAAAACUUGGGCAGCCCGGUCCCGCGGCGGAGUUCAGUAUUUGACAGCCCAGAGCUCUCUGCGAGGGUAGGGAGGUUUCUUCCCCGGCUCUUCCUCGGGCUCGGUACCUGCGGACCUGGCCGGGGCAGCGGAAGGGCCGACCGCGGACCCCGCUGUCGCCGUGCGGACCACCGCGCCGCCCGGGCCGGGCGAGGUGCGGCUCCCGCGGGCAGACCCUCCUGGCACGUAACCCGCCCCCGGCCCCGGGCCUGCAAUCAGUCGUGCCCGCCACGGAGUUAGCAGAGGAACAAAAGCCACUCUGUGGCGGCCAGCCCCCAGCCACAAUAGGGCUUUGUGCGGCCCCCGCCCCCUAGGGCUCCCCCGCCGGGCGGAGGGGCGCACGGGCUGCUCCCUUAGCCUGGGCCCGACUGCAGGCGGCGCCCGGGUCCGCCGGUGCCCCUCGCGGGCUCGGCGGAGGCGCUGGAGCGGGGGAGGGGUCAGUGGGUCCCUGGCGGCCCCCUCCCCCACCCGCCCCGCUCCAGGUGCGAAACCGCCUGCCCUCCCGCGGGGCGCGGGGCUUCAAAGGUGCUUUGAAGAAGGAUCCGAGUUCCGAGGACUCUCAGGCUGGCCGGGGGCCGCGGCGGAAGAGGGACUGGGAGAGGGCGGGGGACGCCGGGGAGCUGGGCUUCGAGUGGGGGCGGCCCGAAGUGGACCCCCGGGCUCGGCCGCCGUCCCGCGGGGCCGGCUCCCCGGGACCCCCCAGGGCCUAGCCCUCUCGCCUCCCGGGUCUCCGCCUGUCCGGUGCCAGUUCCCGCCCGCCGCAGCCUCGCAGUCCCCCCCUCCCCCGCCCCUCGGUCCCUUUCAUCUUCUCUAGACUCCGCUUGGGGUUUUGCUGGUUUCUGGGAGAUAAAAACCGCCUCAAAUAGCGGCGGCGCGCUGCCAGGACAAACAGGGCCGGGCGGGCCAUGUGCGCCUGGUUACGGGCCCCGGGCUGGGGCGCCGGGCUUCGGCGCGCCCGGGAAGGGGCGGCGGGCCAAGGUCCAGGCACCCAGGCUCCCGCGAUCCUCCCGCCUUCCAAAGUGGGGCAUCCACUGGAAAGUUUCAGAGAGCGUCCUGAGCACUGCCUCGGUUUCCUGCCCAGGUCGUAGGGAGGGGCCCCAGUGGAGACCGCCCGCUAAGAGCUCUGCGCCCCCGGGGCGUUGGGUCACAGUCACUGUGUCGCUGGGGCCGCCGCGCCCCCUGGUGAAGUUAGUGGAGAGUGCGCUAGGCCCGGACUUAAGUCUCCCAAGAAUCUGCCAAUUGUGAAAAACCGUUCGGCAAAUGUUAAAUAAGCUGUACGGGGGAGGCGGAGUAUGAAUACACAGAGAACUGUUCCUUCUGUCCAGGUGACAUUACAGGGUAAGAGGCAGACCCCUAACUGAUAAUUAUAACACGAUCU